AUGUGCCUCUCAUCUGCCAUCACCAUUCCUUUUCCAGCCGACCCUUCCACUCGCCCCCUGGCUCUCCCACCCCUCCCACCCACAUCCAGUUUGGCGGGCCACAACCAGAGCCAGAGACCAGGGCACACGCGAAGCACUCCGACGCACGCCGCUUUCUUCCCGACAUACAGCACCAUCCCGCAGCGAAGACUCAGUCAGCCAACUUCCCCAUCCCAUCCAUCCCGCCCGUAUCGCGCCUGUGCUGCAAGCCUGCACCUCUACGCCGAUCACUCAUCCGAGUCCACCCCAAGGCGCUUCCACGAUCGAAAUACCGCGCGCAGGAUCGAGACUGCCUCUUCACCCCGCCAAACACCAUAUAUCACCCACGAUAACGACCCUUCUGUUACCGUCACCCCUCGUUCCCCUGAGCGACGUUUCUACAUACACACUGACGAGCCCACAAUCAACGGAAUCCCGAUUUUGAGUGCCCCUCUCGCCUCGCUGCGGCUCCUCAUUUCUCUUCCCCGUACGAAACCGUGUUGCAGCGCAAGCUUGGACGUCUUGCCCCAGGAUCGACCCGGCUCGGGCACGGAUGACAGCAUAAACCCCAGCAACCUAUUACGGCAAAGGCGACCGAUGACAUCGCGGUCCGACGCAUCCACGAUGCCUUCCCAACGACCUUUCUUCCUCUCCACCUUCUUCAACUCCUUUAGACAACAGUCUCCUUCGGCGACGGCGCUAUCAUCGCAGCAACCGAAUAAGCAUACCACGCAAACAUCAUCGUCAUCGUACGCCACACAGUCCGCUGCUUCAGCGCCACGAGCCAUUUCCUCGAAUACAUCAACAAGUAGCGGCGGAAACAACGUCAACGCCAACUCGACGACCCGUUCGACAUCGGGAGUCGUGAACCAAUACCCACUUCACUCCCCGCGGGGUGGCAUCCCCAUUCCCGGUAGCGCCAACCGACGGCGCGGAAGCGACAGCAGCAGUGAAGGAUUCCGCGAUGUAUUAGGUGCCGAUAAAUGGUACAUCGGAGGGCGGACUGCUGGCGGCGAGGAAAAGUUCUUCAAGCUGGGCGUUGCCAGGAGGGUGCGCAGUAACGACGGCCUGAGUCUGGAUCGACUGAGUUUAUAG